AUGAAAAAAGAGAGGAAAAAACACUGCAAAGACAAAAAUAAGAAACAGCCCUCGGAUUCGUGUUCGCCCGGUUGCAGCAGUAUGGAUUGCAUGGGCCUACAGCAAAUUCCCUCGUCACCGCCGCCGAGUUAUGAGCACAGUUUGCAGGAGCCUGGACAAUCUGCCGAUCACGGUGGUCAUCUGCAGCAGAUGGUCACUGACGAUGAAAUUUGCGCCGGAGGAAGUGGUCUGCAAUCGUGUAGUUCUGAGAUCGAAUGUCAAAGUAAUGGCUCGCCCGUAAGACAAGAAAUAUUUCACAAGAGCAGCAAAGAGUUUUAUAAGGCGGUCGCUGCCCAGUGGGGUAUAACUUGCAAGAUGAGCGACCACUGCAGAUGUCUGGAAUGUCAGAGUCGCUAUUUCGAUUGUGAGUAUGAUCAAGAGAACGAACAGGAGAAGACAGACGGUGGUCUCGGAGCUGGUACACCAAUGUUCUUAUCAGAAGUCAUGCACGGGUCCACUUGCACAUUAAUUUAA